AUGGGGGCUAAGGUGAUUGAUAUCACACCUAACAUACCUGAAAAGAAGUCCAAGAGAUUAUCGGCGGCUAUGAUCAUACCUAUCUGGAUAUGCCUCUCUUCAGCCGUCAUAUUAUACAACAAAUACUUAUACUCUAAUCUCAAUUUCCCAUACCCAAUCUUCAUAACUUCUUAUCAUUUAGGAUGUGCCGCCAUAGGAACCAGAGUUCUCAGAGCCACCACCCAUUUAAUGGACGGUUUAGAUAAUGUCAACAUGACCCGUGAUACAUAUUUCAAAUCGAUUUUACCCAUUGGUGUCCUCUUUUCAGGCUCUCUCAUUUUGAGUAACACCGCUUAUCUCUCAUUGAGCGUAUCAUUCAUUCAGAUGUUAAAAGCUUUCACGCCCGUUGCUAUCCUCCUAAUCUCUGCCAUCUUCAAAUUACAGGCUUUGACCCAGAAACUGGUCAUGAUCGUCAUCCUCAUCUCGACCGGUUGUGCUUUAGCGGCCUACGGAGAGGUUCAUUUUGAAUUAUUCGGUUUUUUGUGCCAGGCGAGCGCGGUGUUGUUCGAAUCAUCCAGACUUGUGAUGAUUCAAAUAUUAUUACAAGGAUUCAAGAUGGAUCCACUCUGCUCUCUUCAUUAUUAUGCGCCAGUAUGCGCGAUUAUCAACGCAUGUUUCAUCCCAUUCACGGAAGGAUUAGCUCCCUUUCGUGAGCUCGCCAGGAUAGGACCUUUGGUCAUGAUCACCAAUGCCGGUGUGGCUUUUGGAUUGAAUGUCGCUGCUGUCUUUCUGAUCGGUGCUGCUGGAGGUUUGGUAUUGACACUGGCUGGAGUGUUCAAA